UCCCGGGCUGAGAUAGGGCCGCGGACUGAGUAACCCGUGGCCGGUGUUUCAGGAACGAGGCUCCGAGCUGCAUGGGCGUCGCACCGAGAGUUUUCUACCUAGGAUGACUUCAGUGACUGAAUCAGACAUCAUAAAAGAAGAGAAACCAGUGACGUCUAAGAUACAUGAUCAUCAAUUGCAAUCAAGUUUCAACCCUGUGGAAGUGUUUACUAAAUCAUCUGUCUCCUUGGAGAUGACUCAAGCAAAGGAAAGAAUUCACCUUGGCUCUAGCCCAGAAAAAGGGGAAAGUUCUGAUACCAGCUACCAGGAAGGACUUCAGUUGAGGUCCCUUCAUUUGUCCAUUCAAGAACAGUCUGUCCAUCAUCGAGACAGGAGACGAUCCUGGCGUCGAGCAAGUAUGAAUGAAAUAAACCGACGGAAGUCACUGCCUCCCUUCCAUCAGGGCAUCACAGAGCUCAGCAGGUCCAUCAGUGUUGACUUAGCAGAAAGCAAACGGCUUGGUGCUCUCCUGCUUUCAAGUUUUCAGUUCUCGGUACAGAAACUUGAACCUUUCCUAAGGAACACUAAAGGCUUCAGUCUUGAAAAUUUUAGAGCAAAAGCAUCUUCUCUUUCUGAGGAGUUAAAACAUUUUGCAGACAGACUGGAAAGUGAUGGAACUCUACAAAAAUGUUUUGAAGAUUCAAAAGAAAAAGCAUCAGAUUUGUCUCUGGAGAAGUCAGUGGCUGAGAUGAAGGAGUAUAUAACAAAAUUUUCUUUAGAAAGUCAGACUUGGGAUCAGCUUUUGCUGCGCUACCAGAAAGCAGUACCACCAGAAGCCAUGUCCAGAGAAUCAGCUGAAACCAAAAUUACUGAAGUCAAAGUAGAACCUACAACAUAUCUUGGGUCUUCUCAGAGUGAAGUUCUUAACACAAAACCUGACUAUCAGAAAAUAUUACAGAACCAAAACAAAGUAUUUGAUCAUAUGGAGCUGGUGAUGGAUGAGCUGCAAGGAUCAGUAAAACAGCUGCAAACGUUUAUGGACGAAAGUACCCAGUGCCUCCAGAAGGUGUCAGCACAGCUUGAGAAGAGAAGCAUGCAACAGUUAGAUACUUCACCUGCUCGAAAACUGCUUAAACUUCACCUACAGAAGCCGUCUACCACACAUUGCUCUGGAUCUUGUCAGUGAUCUUGCCCAGCUUUUUUACCAGAAGACACUCAAAGGAGAGGAUUGGGAAGAGUGCCCCAGCAUGUGGCAACUACACAGCAGUCUGAGCUGGACAGCUCUGUUGCUAUGGAGGAUAACUGGCUAGCUGACUCUGGAGAACUUUGACUUUUUUCUGAAUGAUAGAAUUCAUGCAUCCAAAAGAAAAUUAGAAACACAUUUUUUUCCAGGAAUAUGCAAAAUGUUUGAAACUUCCUUUUUGAAAUGGCCUUCAAAACCAGUGGCCCAUUCUUUUAAAUAUCCUUCAUAGUAUGAAGAUUUCAGCUUUUGAAACCAAAGUCUUUUAGGACCAAGUUUAAUGAAACAUUUUAGGGGCCAAGGUGGGUUCUGGUCAUAAAGGGGUCAGGUUGGUUUUCAAGGUGUGGCUAUGAAGGGGAUUUUAGAUAGAAGAGCAUUGAGCAUUGUUUCCAUCAUGGGGAUACAUACAUCACUUCACAAAAUGUCCAAUUUAAAGAAAAUACUACUCAUUUUUUAUGUCUUGAGUGCACUUUAGUUUUUAACAUUGAGUUGAUAUACUAAGCAUUGAAUUCAUGGCAAGAGGAACUAAAUGCUACUUUUAAUUUUUUUUUUUUUUCUGUGCUGGGGAUCAAACUCA